CACAUUCACUCUCUCCCUGUCUUUCUCACUCCAAGUGUUUAGCUACUGCUCUGUAUUUACAUCACAGGAAUAGAAAAGCUGUACAUUUCACAGACAAACAGUUGCUUUGGAUCUUUGGCUGGACUAUUCUUAGUGUUGAGCUGUGUACGAGUGCUUCACUUCAAGAGGUCAGAAGUCAUUCACAAAGAGCCAGGAUGGGCUCUCUCUCGACAUGGACCUUUCUUCCAUUUCUGUUGGGAAUUACAUGCACCACUCAAGAUGACUUUGAGUGGACCACAUGGUUUAAUGUCGAUCACCCUGGAGGGAAAGGAGACUAUGAAAAGCUGAACGUCAUAGCAUUUUAUUAUCAAGCUCGUGUGUGUGACGUUCCUCGAGCUCUAGAAGCACGCACUACUGAAUGGAUGCCAGCUCGCAGCACCGGAGAAAGAGUACAUGCUGACCCAGCCAUUGGCUUCUGGUGUAUUAAUGCUGAGCAGCCUGUGGGUAGAAACUGUUCAAACUAUGCUGUACGCUUCCUCUGUCCAAGAGAUAAGCCAUUAGAAGUUGAACCAAUAUGGGGUCAAUGGUCCGACUGGAGUCCAUGCCCGGCUCAUUGUGAUCAGGUGGCAACCCAGCAUCGCUCUAGAACCUGCAAUUCCAAUCAAUGCAAUGGGCCAGCUACCGAGAGCAGAAUAUGUGAAGGGCCAUCUUGCCCAAGCUGUGAUCUGCAGUGUGUGAUGGGCAAUGUAAAUGCUGACUGUGACGGCUGUACCUGUAAAGAUCACACAGUUCUAGGAUCAGUCCGUAGUGCUGGUAGCCUCCCUGCGCCUGGAGCUGCCAUUCUCAGCACUGAUCCGAGCCCCCGAAUCCUCACUGUUACCGAUCACAAUGGACAUUUUCAUAUCCCUGGAAUCUGCCCUGAUGGCAACACUACUUUGAUGAUCAAACUGCUGAAUCACACUCCACAAAAAUUUAAUGUGCCGCAAAGCACUGAACACACGUCAGUCCUUCAUUUGAAGCUGGAGAGAGCAAAAAAACUCUAUGUACUUAAAAACCCUGAGAACAAGGCCAGAAAGGAAGGUCAAACUGCUGCUUUCUGUUGUAAGGUUGAUGGAUUACCUGGGCCAGACAAGUAUGAAUGGUUCCACAACGGUUCUCUGCUGGACAGGAAUCAAUAUCAGUAUGACACAACAUUGAUUUUGAGGAAUCUUACUUUGGACCAGAUGGGAGAAUACUACUGCAGAGCUAGUAAUGAGAAUGGAGCCAUCAAAUCCAAACCAGCCACCCUCACAGUCACUGAUAAAAACAAGCCAUCAUGUAACCCUACACCUGAUUCCAACCUGAUCCGGCUACCACAUGACUGUUUUCAAAAUGAAACUAACUCUUUCUACUACGACGUGGGAAGAUGCCCUACAUCCACAUGUACUGGGAAGCUAGAUAAUGGCAUCCGAUGCAAAGACUCCGUUUCCUACUGCUGUGGAAUUUCAAACAUGGAGGAAAAAGAGAUUACAUGCCAGGGAUAUCAAUUACAAAUCAUGCUAGUGACUCAGUGUGGCUGCAAAACCUGUGUGGACACAAAAUCUAUUGUUCGUGGACGUGCUGUUGCAGCAGACACAGGGGAGCCACUGAGGUUUGGACACAUCUAUAUGCAUGGCGUAAGAGUCAGCCGAACGGGAUACAAAGGUACGUUUUCAAUCCAGGUUCCAAAAGACACAGAACGUCUGGUUCUCACUUUUGUGGACAACUUGCAGAAGUUUGUGAACACCACAAAAGUACUACCAUUCAAUACUAAAGGCGGAGCUGUGUUCCAUGAGAUCAAGCUAAUGAGGAAAAAGCCGGCUGUGACCAUUAGCUCAAGGGAGACCAAUAUGCUAGUCCUUGGGGAGGUAGAGGGCAAGGACCCCAUUGCUGAGAUCGAGAUCCCACCCAACACAUUCUUUAAAGAAAAUGGAGAGGUGUUCAUGGGAAAUGUUAAGGCCAGUGUGACAUUCCUUGACCCUAGGGAUAUAUCAACAGCAGCGGCUGCCCAGAGUGAUCUCAACUUCAUCAGUGCUGAAGGUGAUACUCUGCCCUUGAGGACUUAUGGAAUGUUCUCUGUAGACUUCAGUGAUGAAGAAGGAGGCGAGUCACUCAACGCUGGAGAGGUGAAAGUACGUCUUGAUGCAGCACAAGUGAAGGUACCAGAGCACUUGAAGACCAUGAUGCUGUGGUCCCUUAAUCCUGAAACUGGUCUGUGGGAAGAAGAGGGACACUUCCAUGCAGAGAAAAAGCAAAGAGGAAAAAGAGAAGAGCGUACCUUCCUCAUAGGUAACAUGGAAAUCCGUGAGAGGCGGCUGUUUAACUUGGAUGUACCAGAGAACAGAAGAUGUUACGUAAAGGUGCGGGCGUUUCGUAGUGACCGGUUUAUGCCAAGUGAACAAGUUGAAGGGGUUGUGAUGACUUUAAUAAAUAUGGAGCCCACGCCAGGAUUUUCAACCAACCCUCAGUCUUGGGGUAGAUUUGACAGUGUCAUCACGGGCACAAAUGGAGCGUGCCUUCCAGCCUUCUGUGAUGAACAAAAAGCAGAUGCGUAUUCUGCCUACGUCAUGGCUAACCUUGGCGGAGAAGAGCUAGAGGCAGUAGCAUCAUCUCCAAAGUUUAAUCCAAGCCGCAUUGGUGUUCCACAACCUCAUCUGAACAAACUUAACUACAGACGUACAGAUCAUGAUGAUUCCAGAAUAAAAAAGACAGCAUUCAGCAUCAAUGUGGCCAAACCCAGGUCGAAUGCAGCUGAAGAAGCCAAUGGUCCAAUCUACCGAUUUGAAAAACUUAAGGAGUGCGAGGAAGCUCCAUUCAAUGCAGCUCACUUUCGUUUCUCAAGAGUUGAAGGAGAUCGCUACGAUUACAACACAGUGCCUUUCAAUGAGGACGAUCCAAUGAGCUGGACAGAAGACUACUUGAGUUGGUGGCCAAAGCCCAUGGAAUACAGGGCCUGCUAUAUUAAAGUCAAACUGAACAGCGCCCACGAGCUUAACGUUCGUUCUCGCAAUAUGGGAGGUACACAUCCAAAGACCGUCGGUCAACUAUAUGGCAUACGUGAUACCAGAAGCAUUCGUGACAUGGACCAAUCGACUGUUUCUGCCGUGUGUGUGGAAUUUAAGUGCAGUGGGAUGCUCUACGACCAGGAUCGUGUGGAUCGCACCCUUGUAAAGAUAAUUCCUCAAGGGAGCUGCAAAAGAGAUAGUGUAAACAGCAUGCUACAAGAAUAUUUGGUAAACCACCUCCCACUGGCUGUCAAUAAUGACACAAAUGAGUUUACUAUGCUUGCACCAUUGGACCCACUGGGACACAACUAUGGCAUCUAUACAGUGACUGAUCAAGACCCCCGAACAGCCAAAGAAAUCGCACUAGGCCGCUGUUUUGAUGGUACAUCGGAUGGUACCUCUAGAGUCAUGAAGAGCAAUGAGGGCGUGGCAUUGACAUUCACCUGUGGUGCUAAGGAGGUCACUAGACAGAGCGUGUUCCAGCAGAUGCAGAACUCACUGGGUCAGGCUACCGCUGGAAGUGCACGCCAAGAAAGAGAAAAUCGGAGACUGAGAAGCAGGUCGACCGUAGCUCGCAACAGUAGAAGGAAUACUCGUAAUCCAUACAUGCGUGUCAAAACUAUUGGCUAAUAUUCCAAGAAUUUUAAGCGUUACAUAAAAACUCACAUAAGACAACACAUUGGUUUUGUCAAGUUCAGCUCUGAUUUCUAGAGUUUCAAAACGUGAAGACGGUAAGAAAAGUGCACAUGGAUUUAAAUGAUGUUGCCUGCCAUUUAAAUACAAGUCAUUUAGACUCAUUAAGGAAAUGCCAUGUUACCUGUCAAUAUCAUGACAGAUUUCAUCAUUUGUAAAGCGGAAGAAAAAUAGUUACAAACACAAGUAGUAAUUACCCCACUAAAUGCCUUUAAAAAUACUUACUAAAAUUACUGUAUGUAUUAUAAAUCUCCAGAAGACCAUUUGCUUUUUGUAAUUUUUUCAAAUGUAUUUUCUAUUCACCUUUACUGUGGUAAAUGUUAUAUUACUUAAAUGUUAUAUUUAUUACAUACUCCAGUGUCAAAGACAAAGCUGUUUAAACAUCCCAUUUCCCCAAAUGUCCCAUUUAUCAUUUACUUAUAUGACAAAAUCGUCUGAUUUUAUAGGUUCUUACAUAAACACCAAGUGAAUCAUAUGGACCAAUGAUUUUUUUUUCAAUAAAAGGACUGACUUUUAAGCCUUUAUCUACUCAAUUUUAAGCCUAAGUAAACUCUGUUAUGCUGAAUAGUGAAAAGCCUGACUUUAAUUUGGCUGAAUUAUAGUUGUACACACCUGUAACCGCUAUUGAAUGGUGAAAAGGGGUAAAACUAAAUGAUACCCCACCCCAUAGUGCAGCAAGUAAUGAUUAAAAUCCACCAAGUGAAAACACCAAUAAAGAUGGAAUAAGGGCAUUCUGAGAAACUGUUAAACAUUGAAAUCAACAUCCAAACAAUUACUUUCAUGAAUAGUUGCUAGAACAUGCUGUUCUGCAUGUGUGUUUAAAAUAAGUACUGUUUCCACACAGUCCGAGCUCUGUAAAUAAGAGGAAAAAACAGGUGGAUUAUGCCAACCCACACAACACAGUAACCCCCUAACCAGUAAAAGUUGGCGCACAGGCUCAUGAUAUCGGAAGUUUAUUCUAAAGUUAUCUUUGAAAAGGUCCAGGUUCAAUAGGUUAAGACGCUUGGUGGUUUUUUUUUGUUUUACUUUGCAAGUGUUUAAUACCUGCUUAGUCAGUGAACUACCUCAGUUC